GUCUUCAUUAGAAGCCGGUUCUAAUCGUGAAGUUGACUUUGGGGAAGUUUAUUUCUACGUUUAAAAUAUCGAUAAUUUUGUAGCACUGAGUUAUAUAAAAAAACACCUAAAAACUAUUCUGCCAGUUUUGGCUUACCACUAAGAAAGCCCCAUACUUGGCGUGUGUAGUUCAUGUUAGUCAACGAACAGUGGAUACCAUCCAGUGGUCUUGGUUUUGGUUGAUGGCUUGAUGUUCCACCUGGUACUUUGCCUCUGCCAGCAUCAAGUAUGAGCAGGGAAACCGAAGGCCUGGUUUCUGAAAGUUUGGUCAGAGAGAGCAUUCACAAGACCACCUAUAACGACACGGAGCCGACCAUCGUCGGCGACUACGGGGGUGAACGGUCUGGCGGGUGUCCCGGCAUUGGACUUGACGGCAAAGACGGCGUUGAUGAAGUGCAUCAAGCUGACCCCGGGGAAUUUGAGCCGUGCCACCCCGACGAACCCAAAAGUCUCUACCCAGUACGGGAGCUCCGGGAGUUGAAAAAGCGCAGCCUCGAACCAAAUCGUCGCAACUCCAGAUCACCGUCGGGCCAAAAGAAGAUCGAAGCAGCCAAGCAGCAGCCCUCUGCAGCCCGGCCACCAAACCCCCUCGAAAAUUGGCCGCUUUACGCUCUCAUCAUUCUAGUCUGCCUGGCUGCCCUGUAUCUGCAAAACUUCCUCAGAGGAGGAGGAGUCACCCCUUCGUCCACACUGUCGCCAGGAGAUCGUCGGAUGGUCACGCUCAGGGAGCACCUCCGGAGCCUCAGGGACACGUUCGGUGACCAGCCUGAACACAACUGGCAGAUCAUCCGCACCUCCGUCGUGGACAUGCUGAACGGAACGGACGUUUACUCGGGCCCCGCCGUCAUCCUCCUCCUGGCGUCCGAAAAGAAUGAACGCUUCGCCAAGUGCCUUGCGGAACAAGUGGCGACAGCCCUGUCGUUCACCUUCGAAGACGACGGCCGGUAUGGCACAAUAGCACCGGACGACUUGGAGAUCUCCGAAGAUGUGGCGACGCACGUGAUAGAGAACAGGUGCCGGGAGACCAUCGAGAAGCACCGCUGGCACGUGGUGCUUGCCUCGCACCUGGAGAAGUGGAAGCCGGACGCUGCCAUGAUGCUGCACCCUUUGUGCGACCAGGAGAACGCACUGUACAAGAAUGCAACGUACAUCCUGACAGUGUUCGCAAAGCACGAGGCAGUGGCAGGCAAGAGGGAGCGUAAGGAGUACGACAAGCUCGCCGAGGAUGCGCUCAACCGUGCCUGGGGUGCAAUGGACACAAACCAGAGGCACGCCAUCAUCAGCAGGGUGACGGGCAACGUCGUGCUGGUGCGGGACGACUCCGCGUCUUGCAUUGCUCGCAGCUAGGACCCCCUCUGCCUUUCGAUUCGUGGGCUGCGACCGUAAAGUCUCGGAGUUUGAAACCUCUACCACUGCAUCUUGGGCGGUGCGACAUGGUUUUGCUUCUCCAGAAACCCAUGCCACAUCAGGACGGCGUUUCACCUGGCCUCGGAUGAUUUUGUGAAGUGCUCGAAGAUGGCUGCCCCACUCUCUGUUAAACAGUCCUAAGCUGAGGUUCAAUUUGGCUCUAGGCUGAGCGAGAAAGUAUUCCGGAGUGUUGACGAAUUGUUGCAUUGUUGGUUCGAUUUUACGAGUGGCAUUGAAACACAAGUCUAUAUGUUGCUGUUUUGACCAUUUGAUAUCUGCUUCUCCACAUGGCACACAGAUGGAGUUGUGGUUGGAAAUAUUCACCAUUUUUGCUGUGGCGGCACUCGGAUAGCUUUCUUUUUAAUACUCAAUCGCAAACUUCAUGAGAGCAAAAUUGAAUGUAAGCAUUUAUCUUUUCAUGAAAUAUUUAUUUUCUUUUCAACUUGUUUAUUUACAUCGAAUGACUACUUGAUAGAUGAACUGCUGAGAAGAAAUGAAGCCUGCAAAAGUGGUGUGCAUUUCUGGGUUUAAGUUUGAGUGCCUGACAUGGUGUGGGUGUAGCAACUCAUGAGAUAUUGUCAAGAAGGUCUUUAUGCGGUUCUGUUGGAAAGUCUACAGUUGCUUUGUUCACUAUUGUCAGUGUGCUGCUGACUCUCUGACUGUGCCAAUGUUAAUCACAGGAGUGGGAUAAGUACUAAAGUUUUUGGAAGCAGUA